UGGAAAAUCAUAACCAGUUUUGGAUUAUUCUAAUCAUCAACCCCCCCUCUCUUUCUCAUCUUCCAUCCAAUAUGCUUCUCUGAUUCCCACAUUUGAAGUCAACCCCACUUCAUCAAUCUCUUGAUCGUCUCUUCAAAUCAAACCUUUUACCUUCUUCUUCUUUGAACAAGUCACAGGAACAUGACUCUUUUCAUGUUUGGAUGUUUUAAUGGUAAUCAAGAAGGUUGGUUGUCCGUAUGAAUUAUCAGAAAAGUUGAUAGCAGCCUUGGAAUCUGCAUGCAAGAAAUGAUGGUUGAGUUGAUGGAAUUUGCAAGACUUGUUUGAUGGCUGAUGGAAGUUGAUUACAGGGUUUGAUUCAUCGGAAUGAUAAUCCAAUGGGGCAACUUUGGUUUGGGAUAGAUCGAUGAUGGGGGGGUUUGAUAGUUGGAUUUCAAGAUCGGUUGAAUGUUUGAUUCUCUCUUUCUUUCUACUUCUUCAAUCAACUUGUGCACAACAAGCAUUUGUGAGCAUACGAUGCUGUGCUGAAUCGACUUUCACAGAACCGAGCACGAAUAUAAGUUGGAUACCAGAUGAUGGUUGGUACUCCAACACACUAGGUUGCCAAAACAUAAAUAAGCCUGUGGAAAACUAUCAAGGCGACAAAAUACGGAUUUUUAAAGGGGAUUUAGCAAAAAAAUGGUGCUACAACUUAUCUACAACUAAGGGCCAUGAGUAUUUGAUAAGGGGUACAUUCCUUUUUGGUGAUUCAGUAAGGACAUCUCUGGCCAUUUUGUUUAAUGUUAGUAUUGGUGUCACACCAAUAGGCCUAGUGAACGGGUCUGAUGAUUCAGUGGAGGUGGAAGGAGUUUUCACUGCUAGGAAUCACCAUAUAGACUUCUGCUUAUUGAAAGGGACAGGAGAUCCUUACAUUUAUAAGCUUGAGCUGAGGCCUUUGAAUGUUUUAAAGUAUUUGCAGGGGGGGACUUCUAGUGUCCUGAAACUGGUCAAAAGAGUUGAUGUUGGGAACACAGGGGAGGAUAUCAGGUAUCCAGUUGAUCCAAAUGAUAGAAUUUGGAAAGCAGAAUCAAGCUCAAUCCCAAACUCUCUUCUGGAAAAAACCCCUCCCAAUCCCAUAUCAUCAAGUGCCAAUGUUUCUAUCACAACAGCAGUACCUCUUCAAGUGCUACAAACAGCACUCAACCAUUCAGAGCGUUUGGAGUUCCUUCACAAUGACCUUGAUAUAGGGGAAUACAACUACAAUCUGUCCCUAUACUUUCUUGAGUUCAUUGAGUCAGUUGAUACUGGGCAAAGGGUGUUCGAUAUUUACAUCAACAAUGUGAGGAAACGACAGGAUUUUGACAUAAUGGCUGAUGGAUCCAAGUACAGGGAGGCUGCUUUCAGGUUUACAGCAAAUGGGUCUUUCAAUUUGACCCUCGUCAAGGUCUCUGACAAGUCCCUGUUUGGACCCAUUUGUAAUGCUUAUGAGAUAUUCCAGGUUCGCCCAUGGGUUCAAGAGACAAACCAAGAAGAUGUUAAUGUGAUCAUGAAGGUGAAGGAUGAAUUGUUGAAGAAAAACCAAGGUAACAAAGUGCUGGGGAGCUGGUCUGGGGACCCAUGCCUUCCUCUUGUAUGGCAUGGUCUGAUUUGCAACAACUCCAUUAAUAAUUCCCCUGUCAUAACUGAGCUGGAUCUUUCCUCGAGUGGACUUCAAGGAUCACUUCCUGCCAGCAUCGUUAAGUUGGCUUACUUAGAGAAAUUGAAGUUGAGUAACAACAAAUUCACCGGAGUUAUCCCAGAAUUUCCAGCCUCCUCAAUGUUGAUAUCAUUGGAUCUACGCCACAAUGAUCUUAUGGGAAAGAUUCAAGAAUCUCUUAUUUCACUUCCACAGUUGGCAAUGUUAUGUUUCGGGUGCAAUCCUCAUUUUGACAGAGAGCUUCCAUCCAACUUUAACAGCACAAAAGUUACCACAGACUAUGGAAAUUGUGCUGAUCAAGGAUCCUCAAAUUCAGCACAAGGAAUCCUAAUAGGCACUGUUGCAGGUGGAUCCUUCUUAUUUACCAUUGCAGUUGGGAUUGUUUUUGUCUUCUUUUACAGACAAAAAUUGGUGGCUCGGGAAAAGUUUCAUGAGGGAGGCUACCCACUGACAAAGAAUGCAGUUUUCUCGUUGCCCAGCAUUGAGGAUAUUGUUUUCAAGUCCAUAGAUAUACAGAAUUUUACUCUGGAGUACAUAGAAACAGCUACCAACAAAUACAAAACCUUAAUAGGUGAAGGAGGCUUUGGUUCUGUUUAUCGCGGUACUCUACCUGAUGGUCAAGAAGUGGCAGUGAAGGUUCGAUCUGCUACAUCGACUCAAGGAACACGUGAAUUUGAAAAUGAGCUAAACCUUCUCUCAGCAAUUCAGCAUGAAAAUCUGGUCCCUCUUCUUGGCUACUGUUGUGAAUAUGACCAACAAAUUCUAGUUUAUCCUUUCAUGUCUAAUGGCUCUCUACAAGAUCGGCUCUAUGGGGAAGCAGCCAAAAGAAAAACUCUGGACUGGCCAACCAGGCUUUCUAUUGCUCUUGGCGCUGCUCGAGGUUUAACAUAUCUUCACACCUUUGCUGGGCGAAGCGUCAUACACAGGGAUGUGAAAUCAAGCAACAUACUCAUGGAUCAUAACAUGAGUGCCAAGGUAGCAGACUUCGGCUUUUCGAAAUAUGCUCCUCAAGAAGGGGAUAGUGGUGUUUCUCUGGAAGUAAGAGGCACAGCUGGGUAUUUAGAUCCGGAGUACUAUUCAACCCAGCACCUAUCUGCAAAAAGUGAUGUCUUUAGCUACGGGGUGGUUCUACUUGAAAUAAUAAGUGGCCGAGAGCCUCUCAACAUACACAGACCUCGGAAUGAAUGGAGCUUAGUUGAAUGGGCAAAACCCUACAUAAGGGAUUCGAAGAUUGAGGAAAUCGUGGAUCCCAGCAUAAAGGGAGGAUACCAUGCAGAAGCAAUGUGGAGAGUGGUAGAGGUGGCAUUGGCAUGCAUUGAGCCCUACUCAGCUUACCGACCAUGCAUGGUUGACAUUGUCCGAGAGCUGGAGGAUGCUUUGAUUAUAGAGAACAAUGCAUCUGAAUAUAUGAAGUCCAUAGACAGCUUUGGUGGCUCCAACCGCUUCUCCAUAGAGAAGAUUGAGAGGAAGGUUGUUCUACCACCCACCCCAACUCUCACAGAUCCCUCACCUGAUAUUUUACAAGCCUUGACUCCUCCACAGCCAAGAUAGCAUUUUUGGGUGGAUCAAACAUUCCUCAUUUUUGUAAAUGAUGAUCAGCUCUAGUCACAUUAUGUGAUAAUGACUCCCCAUUGCACUUCAAUGGAAGACUAGGCACCCUGCUAUCUAUUCUGUUUUUCUCUUGAGCCAAAAGUCACAAGAAUCCACUGUUCUAAAAUACUUGUAAUGGAUAGUUUAGGUACUAUAUCCCAUUAUUUUCCUUUUAUAACCGCACUCCUUGAUCCCAGUCACUCCCCAACCGUCGAGAUUUUGCUGAGCUGAUCUUAAACAGGAUCCUCUAUGUAAAGACCCUUACGGUGUCCCAAUUUUAGGCUUAUGCUACUGGAAUUGAAGCCAGAAAAUGAUGGCCCAAAUAUUUCAAAAUUGAAAAUUUGUGCUUUCCAUUCAUCCAUGCUUGAGCCGGUCUGUAACCAUCAUCAUGAACAUGAAGCCAUCUUACACACCAGGAAACAUGAGUUUGAUCGUAA